AUGCUGGUGAUUACCCCACUCGUCACCUUCGACACCACCUUACGACCAGGUGCUAUCACCAAAUUCUUCUGUUACUUUUCGUUGCGAGCAGAUUUUGGACACCCUGACCCUGUGCAGGGAUGCGUCGCCCUUUCGAGGCUGGGGAUCCCAGAGGAUCUGAGGGACGAGGAGAUCCACCCUCAGGAGAAGCAAGAGGAGAUCCACUUUCAGAAGGAGCAAAAGGAGAUCCAUCCUCAGAAGGAGCAAGAGGAGAUCCACUUUCAGAAGGAGCAAAAGGAGAUCCAUCCUCAGAAGAAAAAAAAGGAGAUCCACUCUCAGAAGGAGCAAGAGGAGAUCCACUUUCAGAAGGAGCAAAAGGAGAUCCAUCCUCAGAAGAAGCAAGAGGAGAUCCACUCUCAGAAGGAGCAUGGGUCCACGAGGACUGGCGGAGUCCUCCAUUUCGAAUCUAAGGGUCUGCAACGGAUCUCGAACGCACCGCAUUGGACAGCAUCACCCGGCGCCGAUCCAGCUGAGGAAGACGGGACAACGCGGACAGUAAAUCCCACUUCCCAGGGUAAUUCAAAGAGCACCAUCCUGCACCAUGCGUACCACAUCACUCGGGCUUUAUUUAUGGAGGUGAUGAAGGUCCCCAUUCAUUAUUUGGGGUUGGAGAUUUUCAGCUCCAGCGUUUGCAUCGGAGUAUUACACGAAAGCUGCUUUGUCACUGAACAAUUGUUGAUUUGGAAGCUGUCUGAGAUCAUCAGCAUGCGCCUCGGCGAAUUCAUCCUCUCAAUGUUCCUCCAACCCCCCAUCUUGAAACAGUCGAUGCUAAUGGUGGAUCCAGAAAAAGCUUUGGCGUUCGAGACUGAAGCCCAUGUGGACGUUUUUUCCCGAGCAGUCUUUUCAAUGAAACAGGUGUCUCCCUCACCUAUACCCAUUGAGAGCGACACCAUCGAACUUUACUGGAUGUAUUGGGCUGCAUAUGUUGGAUUGGUUUGGAUUCGACGGUUACAAACGAAGCCGAGGCGAAGCAAGCGGUCCUCUCAUAACGGAAAUCCCUUCUCCGAGUUGCGAAGAGAGCUGGAUCUUACCAGGGGAGCAUCCACUUUCGCGGAAGGUUUCCCACUGGUUGGGGAGGUGUUUGGUCUGGUGCAGAAAUGUGGCUUUCAAGAUGUCAGUGUGGUUGGUGGUGUGAAAAUCAAUGUCUACUGGGUGGUGAAUGAUUUGGGCAGCAUGCAGUAA